AUGGAUGUCAAACUUACACUUAAAGACUAUGAAGAAGGAUUUAACAUAAAUCUUGAUAAGACAGCUUAUGAUAUAGACAAAGCUUGUAAGUCAAAUGAUACAGUCGCUACAAUCACCAUAACUCCUAGAAACAGAGACUAUGCAGUGGUUACUCGUAGAUCAAAGCGUUUCCCUGUUCAUCGCAAGGCCAAGUCUACGGAGGGGAACCCGCAGGGAUUAAAAGACCGCCGCAGUGGCGCCUUGGCACCACUGCGGGUCGCGCCAUGCAGCGGCGCCCCGGUGUCGCUGCGGGACGCGGCCCGCAGUGGUGGCCAAGGCCGCCCCUGCGGUACACGGCCCGCAGCGGCGCCGCGGUGCCCCUGUGUGCCUCAGCCCACAGUGGCGCCUCGGCGCCUCUGUGGGUCGCGGCCCACAGGAAAUCCCGCACCACCCAAACCCUCCCACACAGUGCUUCGGCUCCAUGCUUUCCGGGGGGGACGAAGUCCUCCACCUGCUCCACCACCACCCCCACCUCCAAAUCCACCUCCACCUCCACCUCCACCUCCACCCCCUGCACCAACUCCUCCGCCACCACCAAUACCACCACCAGCUCCGCCACCUCCUCCAAUUCCCCCACCAGCCCCACCAGCCCCACCUCCAGCACCGCCACCACCUCCAAAUCCACCACCUGCUCCACCUCCAACUCCUCCCCCACCACCAGCCCCGCCGCCUCCUCCAAUUCCCCCACCAGCACCACCUCCGCCACCAAUUCCACCGCCACCUCCUAUUCCUCCACCUCUACCAUGCCCAAAGUGUUUCCUAUGACCAAGUCCACCCCUAUGCCCAUACCCAAAUCCUCCUCCCA